AUAAACAUAUAUAAAACGACGACGUGGAGACCAUUUCCCUCCCCUGCCUCAAAUGACGGGUCACGCGUUUCAAAAUAUAACGCUGUAGAUGAAGUUCUCGCUUCAGAUUCCAAGGCCUCCUCGCUAUUUGUUCCGAUUCUUUAGAUUCAAUCUGUGUAGACGCGAAGAGUGUGUGUGUGUAUAUAUAUAUACCUUUCGUGAACAUAUUCUUGAGCGGCUCUAAUGGCGGACGGGAACGCCCCUUCGCGGUACGUGAAGCUGAGGAAAGAGCAAGCGCUUGUCGAAGAUAUCACGCCUGGUGAACUCAACCAGCCCAUCGAAGUCCCUCAGUUGGAUGUUCGAAGGUGCAAUGAAUGUGGACAAGUUCUACCAGAAACCUAUGAACCCCCUGCUAAUGAAGAUUGGACCACUGGCAUAUUUGGCUGUGCUGAUGAUCCCGAUAGCUGCUGGACCGGACUCUUUUGCCCAUGUGUUCUGUUUGGGCGUAACAUAGAAUCAUUGAGAGAAGAGAUUCCUUGGACGCAACCAUGUGUAUGCCAUGCCAUAUGCGUCGAAGGCGGCAUGGCAAUCGCAGCAGCGACCGCAUUGUUCGGUGGCUAUAUGGACCCUCAAACAACAGUUGUGAUAUGCGAAGGUCUGUUCUUUGCUUGGUGGAUGUGUGGUAUCUACUCUGGCUUGUUCCGCCAAGAACUCCAGAGGAGGUACCAUCUCAAGAACGCACCAUGUGAUCACUGCAUGGUCCAUUGCUGCUUGCAUUGGUGCGCAUUGUGUCAAGAACACAGGGAGAUGAGGAAUCAUCUGUCUGAUGCGGAUGCUUCAUCCUCAACGACCACCAUGGACCCUCCCCCGGUUCAGGAGAUGAACUCUGAGGAGAAGAAUGAUUCUUCUUCUUCCUCCCCUUCUUCAUCAUCAUCUUCAUCGCCCUCUGCAAAAGACAAACACAACGACCUCGAGAUGGUGCCUGUUCCGUUCUAGGAUCCACCAUCUAUAUUCUUGGCGUUCAGGAAACGUUCCCUUUUGCCACCUCUCUCAGUAUUUGUCUGCAGGGAAAGAAAAACUAAGGCGGCAGCUUUGCCAUGAAGGUGGUAAGUGCGCCGUUAAAUUUAUGGAAACCCAAUUUUUUGUUAUGGGAAGCAGAUUCAUUAGUAAAUUUUACAGGACCCCCAAUUUGUGUAAUUUGCUCCAUCUUUCACUGCAAAAAGUGAAACAUUCGGUCUCUAA